UGUUGCAGUUGUGCAGUCACCGACCAUGAUUUGUGGAACUGUGGUCAUCUGGAGUGAUUGUGAUUGUGUAUCUUGUAUGUGACAGUGUGUUGUUUAGCUUUGAUUGGAGACCACCAGACCUCGGCCCCCUUCAGGCCCUCCAAUGCAAACACGCACGUACACGAUGCCAAACAGAUGUUGCAAGCAGGUUGAAGUCCAAAAACAGUGUAACGAUGUCCUGCUGUUAACAUUUGAGUCGACUGUAUUCCCAAGCAGGACUUCAGAGACAAUCAUGUUGCGUUUGAUCGUGGCGGCGUUGGUUCUUCUGCCGUCUCCCCGCGGGACGCUCGGGAACAGCUGCCGGCCGAUUACCGCCUCCUUCUGCCGGAACGUGGGCUACGGCACCAGCCGGCACCCGGCCGGAGUCCCGGGCUUCGACGCGCAGCAGCUCGCUCGGAUCGUGGAGUCGGGGUGCUCGCCGAACGCCGCCGCGCUCUUCUGCCGCGUGGCCUUCCCGGAGUGCUCGGACGACGACGCCCGCGUGAAGCCGUGCAGGGCCGUGUGCCAAAAGGUGAAGAGCGAGUGCGACGCCACCCUCAGAGCCAAGCGGAUAUCCUGGCCCAGCAAGCUGCAGUGUGAUGCCUUACCCGUGUCCAGCUGUGUGCAGGCUCAACAACAGCAACCAGUCUCACCAUCCUCCCCCGGUGCUGAUCCAGUAUGUCAGACUAUAACAGCCCGUCUGUGCAAAGACCAGCCAUAUACCGAGACCUUCAUGCCCAACUCUUUAGGCCACGUCUCGCAGGACGAGGCGGGCCUGGAGAUACACCAGUUCUACCCGCUGGUCAAGGUCGAGUGUUCGCCUCAGCUCAAGCCCUUCCUGUGCUCCGUCUACUUUCCCAACUGCAGGGCGGGAACGGUCGGGCGUCCGUGCAGGACUCAGUGCGAGCAGGCCCGCGCCGGAUGCGAGUCUUUGAUGAACAAGUUUGGCUUCACCUGGCCAGAAAAUCUUAAUUGUGAAAAUUUUUCAACGUAUACAUGUGUGCAGGAUCCUGACAGCAAUUCUGACACAACAGCGUCAGGAACUUGCGAAAGUAUCACAGAGUCUCUCUGCAAAGAUCUGCCGUACACCCAAACCGUCAUGCCCAACAUCCUCGGGCACAAGACGCAGGAGGAGGUCGCCGUGCAAGUCAACGCCUACUACACGCUGGUCAACAUGGCGUGCUCCCCCCACCUCAAGACCUUCCUGUGCUCCGUCCUCACCCCCGAAUGCAAGGCGGGAAAAGCCAGGCCCCCUUGCAGGACCUUGUGCGAGCUGGUCCGCUCCAGUUGCCAGCCGCUGCUCAGACAGUUUGGUUUCCCUUGGCCCGAGACGCUCAAGUGCGACGCUUUCACCACCGCGUCGUGCCAGCACUUUGGCAUGGGUGAAGACGGGGCCAUGUGCGAGCCCCUCACCAUCCCCUUGUGCCAAGACAUGUCCUACAACCAGACCCUGAUGCCCAACCAGCUGGGCCACGCCAGCCAGCGCGACGCCGCCAUCAAGAUGUCCUUCUUCCACUCCAUCGCGCAGACGGCCUGCUCGGCCGACAUCCGCCCCUUUUUGUGCGCCGCCUACGCCCCGCGGUGCUCGUACGGCCAGGUGCGCCGCCCCUGCCGGAGCUUUUGCCAGAAGGCCCGCGACAGCUGCGAGGCGCGCUUGGGGCACUACGGCGUUUCCUGGCCCCAGGAGCUCCACUGCGACGCGUUCCCGCGCGACGGCUGUGUCACCGACGACAGCAGAUCAGAGAUGCUGAACGCCGAAAACGUGGCAGCCAGGCUGGAGGCCGGAGGCCACUUGGUUGGCGGAAAAUCGCUGACCGUCAGGACUGCACGCUUGCUGCUGACACUUGCAGAUGCAGACAAAUCCGGAGACCUGGACAUGACGGAGUUCUUCAAACUGGACCAUUAUGUGGCGGCCGCCAGACGAGAAUAUGUGGACAGCUACGAGAGGAGGCAGCCGCCUUCUUUCACCGAAGCGCACAUGAACAAUGCUCUGACUGUGCGGGGGUUUGAGUUGGAUAAGAACAGCUUAAAGACGUUGUGGUUGGAGUACAACACCAAAGGGAAGCUCGAGUAUGACAACUUCAUCGCUCUGCUGACACGAUUGCAUAUCCUUAAAGAUCGCUUCCAAGCUCACCUCCUCAGUUUGCCGUGCGACUGCCAAGUGUCCAGCUUCUCUUUCAAGCAGGUACGUUUACUGUUCCAAGACACGUUAUUCGGAACACAAGGUAAAGUGAACCCCAACUUCCCCACAUUAGAUUCCAAAAUUAGCCUCCAACUUAAAUAUUAGCUCCUAAUGUUAGAAUCAGAAGUUAGCAUCAAUGCUAUGUUCCCUUGUCGCCUCCCAAGUUAUUUUCCAAUGUUUGGUUUCACAUUACCUUCCGACGGCAGCUUUAAAAUUCCCGUGAGCGAUUGCUUCUAAUAUUAGCGUAAAUGUUACGUUCUAGCAUUAGCUUUCAACAUUCCUUUCAGUGUUAACUUCUGACAUUAAAUUGCUUUAAUAGCUUCCAAUGUUAGCGUCCGUGAAUACUUUCCUAAACUUCCACUACAGUGACCAACAUUAGCGUCCACAUUUGCUUCCAAUGUCAACUUCCAUCGCAACCUUUGAUGUUAGUCUAGAGACACCCCCCCCCCCGAAUAGCGGGGGUCCACUGUAUUCCUUAAUCAAUCGGCCGAGCUUUAUGUUGCCAACUAUGAGUACAAUUUUAAUACAAUCACACAUUAUGGCUUCCAACAUUGUGUACCAGAUCUGUGUUAGCCGAACCUAAUCUAGCCAUCGUGUGUCAAUCAAAUCAAAACGAUGAAUCCCCUUUUCAUGCAUCAGUUACGGUUAGUAUUUUUAAUAUCUCUAUAUAUUUCUCCUUUCAGUUCAUGAAGGCCGCUGUCGUCUGAGGCUCAACUUGAACCAACAAGUUCAGAAGCACCUUUUCUUAUUGUGACAUCUCAUUUUAAACGGUAAAGGAGGGGCAUACAUAGUAGAUAAUUAACAUGAUUGAUAGCGCACAGCGUAUCCAGGCGCUGAUAUUAAAAGUGAAAAAUAGUGGAACUUACACAUGUAUUGAUUUCACAGCAGAACCUCUAAAGCCAAAUGUGUUUUGUCCCGUGCCAAAACUCAAACUCUACAGGCCCCCAAAAAAAGAAAGGUUUUUAGGCAGCUUGGUGUAUGACUGGUUAGCGCAGCUGCCUCACGGUUCUGGGGACCCGGUUCAAAUCCCGACUCCGCCGGCAUGCACGAGACCCUAGUGCAGGGGUGUCGAACUUAUUUUUGUCGAGGGCCACAUUUUACUUAGGGUUUCCCUCAGAGGGCCAUUAUUAAUUCUAUUCAUUCUUCAACUGCCUCUUCAUAUUUAGACAUGAAAUUUAUUAACUAGUUUUGGAAUCACAAACUCAGGGUCAUGGAUUUUCCAACAAUUGUUGUUUGGUGACACAAAAAUGCUUGCAAUAGCUCAUUUAUGACAUGACAAUUUGAAACUUUGGGACAGAUGUGAAAAAAAAAAAAAAAAAAAAUCACGGAAGCUGAUAAACAUGAUUUGCCUCCGCGGGCCACAUAAAAUCACACGGCAGGCCGGAUCUGGCCCCCGGGCCUUGAGUUUGACACCUGUGCCCUAGUGAGAAUAAACAGGGAUGGGAAAUUAUUGAAUAAAUGAAGUACUGACAGAGGAGGUAGUCUUUAAAUAUGUAUCCUAUUUACUUAUAAACAACUCGUGCUGGUUUUUAUAAGGCAAUGCUUCGAAUGUAAUGAAGUUGUCAUUACACAGGGGAGUAAACAAAUACCGGUAGAUCACAUUUAUAUUUUUUUUGUGAGAAGUUUCUACAAUAUGUUAGUAAAAGUAUUAAUGUGUGCUUGCUAAAUUUUGUGUACACAUACAUCAACAGUGAGCCGUAAAGCAGCCCGGAUGACUUGUUUUUGGUGAAAUUAAACAGUAUUUGUUGGA